AUGCCUUUCACCAAGCUGGUCAAGAACUCGGCCUACUACAGUCGUUAUCAAACCAAGUACAAGCGCCGUCGUUCCGGAAAGACCGAUUACUACGCACGCAAGCGUCUCAUCACCCAAGCCAAGAACAAGUACAAUGCGCCCAAGUACCGCCUCGUUGUCCGAUUCACCAACCGCGACAUUGUCAUGCAGAUUGUGACCUCCGAGAUCACUGGUGACAAGGUCUUCGCUGCCGCCUACUCCCACGAGCUCAAGGCCUAUGGCAUUGAGCACGGUCUUACCAACUGGGCCGCUGCAUACUGCACUGGUCUCCUGAUCGCACGUCGUGUUCUCAAGAAGCUCGGCAUGGAUGAGGAUUUCGCUGGUGUUGAGGAGGCUGAUGGAGAGUACAACCUUACUGAGGCUUCAGAGGGCGAGGGCCGACGACCAUUUAAGGCUUUCCUUGAUGUCGGUCUUCAACGCACUUCAACUGGUGCCCGUAUCUUCGGUGCCAUGAAGGGUGCUUCCGACGGUGGUAUUCUCAUUCCCCACUCGGAGAACCGAUUCCCAGGUUUCGACAUGGAGACCAAGGAGCUUGACGCCGAGACCCUCCGCAAAUACAUCUUCGCCGGACACGUCGCAGAGUACAUGGAGACUCUUGCUGAUGACGAUGAGGAGCGAUACAAGUCCCAAUUCCAGGGCUACAUCGAUGAUGAGAUAGAGGCUGAGGGUUUGGAGGAGCUGUACCAGGAGGCACACAAGCAAAUCCGUGCUGACCCCUUCAAGAAGGUCGAUGAGGCUGGUGAGUCGAAGACCAAGGAGGAGUACAAGAAGGAGUCGCUCAAGUUCAAGGGCCACAAGUUGUCGAAGGAGCAGAAGAUGGAGAGAGUCAAGGCCAAGAUUGCCGAGCUCAAGGAAUAA